GCGUAUCUCGCGGAGUCGCGAACGGGUCGAGCCGAGUCAAUCAACGCAAGUCGCAACGCAUCCAGCCAGUCAAGGUCGCCUCAUCUGGCGGCAUGACGUGAAAUUCGAAUGCGACAAUAAUUCUUAAUUUAAAAUUUGAUUGCUGUGAUAUAUUAUAUUUUUUUUAUUUUGCGUUUUGUUACAACAAGUUCACAAAUUAUUUAAAUUAAAUUGUGCAAUGUGUUUUUAGUGUUAACUGCGCGUUUUGUUUAAGGCAUUUUUUAGUUUAAAUUGAAGCCAGUAUGAAGUCUGUGGUGUGGAUGCUGCUGCUGUGCAUGGCAGCAGCCAAGGUCUCUGCCUACCACAUAUUGGGCGUGUUUCCGGUACCCUCUCGCAGUCACAAUCACCUGGCAAAGGGAAUCGUGGACUCUUUACUGAAGGCUGGUCAUCAAGUAACAUGGGUCACACCGUAUCCGUAUGAUAAUAAAAAUAAAAACUUGAAGCUAGUUCCGGUGGGCACGAAAGUAAUCGCCGACGCAUUGGACAUGACCAAUCUGAACAACAUCAACCAGGGCGUCAACGUUGCUAAGGAGUUCGCGAGGAACAUAACGACGAUGACAGCCAACACGCCGGCCGUGAGGGAAGCAGUGGUCAAGACACAGUACGACGCUGUGGUCACAGAGUGGUUCUUCUCCGAAAUUGAUGCUGGCUACGCGGCCGUGCAACAAGCUCCAUGGAUACUGCUAGGAGGCACAGUAUACAAUUCCUUCCUCGAGCGGCUUGUGGACGAAGUGCGCUCAGUGCCAACCGUGCCCUUCUUGAUGAACAGCGCUCCUAUACCAAUGAAUUUGUGGCAGAGGCUCGUCAACACCUUCUUUCAUUGCAUGAUCACCAUCACCGACUGGCUUGAAUAUUUAUCGACAUGUGAGAGAUACAACGCCUACUUCUCGUCUCUGGCAGCCGCCCGUGGAGUGCCGCUACCACCACUAUCGGAAGCAACCAAUAACGUGUCAAUUCUGUUGGUGAACUCGCAUCCGUCGUUUGCGCCUGCGCAGCCGGUCCCACCCAAUGUGAUAAACGUCGCUGGCUACCAUAUACCUGAGGAUAUUCCCCCUCUGCCGAAAGAUCUGCAAGAUUUAUUGGACUCGUCGAAACACGGCGUGGUGUACUUCAGCAUGGGGUCGGUGCUGAAGUCGGCCGCCCUUCCCGAGCACAUCCGCCGCGGGUUGAUACAAGUGCUGGGAGAGCUGCCGUACACGGUCCUGUGGAAGUUCGAGGAGGAGAUCUCCGGCCUACCGAAGAAUGUGCACGUACGGCCGUGGAUGCCACAGCCCAGUAUCUUGGCCCAUUCUAACGUAAAGCUGUUCAUCACACACGGAGGUCUCCUCAGCACCUUGGAAUCACUCCAAUAUGGGAUACCACUAUUAGCUAUCCCAAUGUUUGGAGAUCAGCCCGGUAACGCGGAGAGAGCGAUCCGAAACGGAUACGCACGGAAAAUCAAGUAUGGGGACGAUGUUGCUGACCAGCUGAGGGUAGAACUGAAGGAGAUGCUGAAUAAUGACAGGUACUACAAGCGCGCGAAGUACCUGUCGCGCCUGUUCCGCAACAGGCCGGUGCCACCCAGCAAGCUAAUCUCACACUACGUCGAGCUCGCCAUCGAAACCAAAGGCGCGCACCACCUGCGGUCUCCAUCGCGGCAGUACGCGUGGUACGCGCGCUGGAUGCUGGACCAGGCCGCGCUGCUGCUGGUCGCCCUCUACCUCGUGUACAGGCUCGCGCGGGCGCUGCUCUCACUGUGUUGUGGGAAGAACAAACAGAAAAUAAAGAGAAAUUAAUGAGAUUGUAUUUUGAUAAAUAUAUUGAUUUUUUUAUCAUAUAA